UUUUUUUCCCUUAGUUUUUCUCCCCUCCAUCCUCAACCUCCCAUCUCUUCACCUUCACAAACCUCUCUCCUUUUCUAUCUAUCUUCUCCCAUCAAUCCACUCUACAAUUACCCUACUGUGCGUCAGGGUAACAUAGACAAUACUCUGUUCUGUUUCAUAUCCACCUCAUAUCUUUUUUAGGAACCAAUUGCUAGAGAAACAUAGUGAAAAUGGUUCAAUCCUCUGUUCUCGGUUUCCCCCGUAUGGGACGUCUUCGAGACCUGAAAAAGGCCACUGAAGCAUACUGGGGAGGCAAGCUCUCGCGCGAGGAUCUCCUCAACGAGGGCAAGAGACUCCGUCUUGAGCACUGGCAAAUCCAGAAGGCUGCCGGUGUUGAUCUCAUCCCCAGCAAUGACUUUGCUCUCUACGACCAAGUUCUCGACCACAUCCAACUCUUUGGUGUAAUUCCUGAGAGAUACUCUAAAUAUGGCCUCCACCCUGUUGACGAAUACUUCGCCAUGGGACGAGGCUUGCAGAGACCUGCCAAGGAUGGCGAACCUGCUGUCGACGUUCCCAGUUUGGAAAUGGUGAAAUGGUUCGACUCGAACUACCACUAUGUUAAGCCUACUCUACAGGACACCCAGACUUUCACUCUUUCAAGCAAUCCCAAACCGGUUGUUGAAUUCCAAGAAGCUAAGGAGGCUGGGAUUACGACCCGUCCAGUUCUUCUGGGUCCUGUUUCGUUCCUUGCUCUCGCCAAGGCCGACCGUGACCAGACCAUCGACCCCAUCUCCGUCAUUGAUAAACUCGUCCCUCUCUACGUUGAACUGCUGGCCCAGCUUAAGGCUGCUGGAGCUGAGGAUGUUCAGAUUGAUGAACCUGUAUUGGUGUUUGAUUUGCCAGAGAAGACCAAGGCCGCUUUCAAAACCAGUUAUGAGAAGUUGGGCUCCCUUGGUGACAAGGCACCUCGCUUGGUCCUUGCCACGUACUUUGGUGACAUCGUCCACAACAUUGACGUCCUCCCAUCCCUCCAAAGCCUCCAUGGAAUUCAUAUCGACCUAGUCCGCAACCCAGAGCAACUCGACACCGUGAUCAGUGCCCUCGGACCCAAGCAGAUUCUAUCUGCUGGUGUUGUCGAUGGACGCAACAUCUGGAAGACCAACUUCAAGCGAGCAAUUGAGAUCGUUGAGACUGCUAUCCAAAAGCUUGGCAAGGAGAGAGUUCUUGUUGCCACUUCGAGCUCGCUUCUGCACACCCCCCAUACCCUCGAAAGCGAGAAGAACCUUGAUCCAGAGGUUCGGGAUUGGUUCAGCUUCGCUGUUGAGAAGGCUACCGAGGUUGUUAUUAUUGCCAAGGCUGUCACUGAAGGCCCUGCUGCUGUGCGCGAGCAGCUUGAGGCUAACGCCAAAUCCAUCCAAGCCCGUGCUUCGUCCAAGCGGACCAAUGACUCCAAGGUCAAGGAGAGACAGGAUGCUGUUACUCCCGAGAUGCACGACCGCAAGUCCCCAUUCCCAACAAGAAUUAGCCAACAACAGACAAAGCUCAACUUGCCCCUGUUCCCCACCACGACCAUCGGAUCUUUCCCUCAGACCAAGGACAUCCGGAUCCAGCGGAACAAAUUCACCAAGGGCGAGAUUACGGCUGCGGAUUACGAAAAGUUCAUCGAGCAGGAAAUCCAGGACGUCGUUAAGAUCCAGGAGGAGCUUGAUCUGGAUGUCUUUGUCCAUGGAGAGCCGGAACGUAAUGAUAUGGUCCAAUACUUCGGUGAGAGGUUGACUGGAUAUGUCUUUACCACCCAUGCCUGGGUCCAGAGCUACGGUUCCCGCUGUGUCCGCCCUCCCAUCAUUGUUGGAGAUAUCUCGCGCCCUGCGCCUAUGACCGUCAAGGAGUCUAAGUAUGCUGCUUCUAUCUCCAAGAAGCCAAUGAAGGGCAUGCUCACUGGUCCGAUCACCUGUCUGCGGUGGUCUUUCCCCCGCGAUGAUGUUCACCAGUCUGUGCAAGCUCAGCAGCUCGCCCUUGCUCUCCGUGAUGAGGUCAUUGACUUGGAAGCUGCUGGUAUCUUUGUAAUCCAAGUCGAUGAGCCCGCUCUUCGUGAAGGUCUCCCACUCCGAUCCGGAAAGGAGCGUGAAGCCUACCUCGACUGGGCUGUCAAGGCUUUCCGCCUUGCCACAUCCGGAGUCGAGGACAGCACCCAGAUUCACUCUCACUUCUGCUAUUCCGAGUUCCAAGACUUCUUCCAUGCCAUUGCUGCCCUUGAUGCCGAUGUUCUCAGUAUCGAGAAUAGCAAGAGCGAUGCCAAGCUUCUCAAGGUCUUCGUCGACGAGGCUUACCCACGACACAUUGGCCCUGGAGUGUAUGAUAUCCACUCCCCUCGUGUCCCAAGCGAGCAGGAAAUCAAGGAUCGUAUCGAGGAGGAGCUUCAGUAUCUCCGACCAGAUCAACUCUGGAUCGACCCCGACUGUGGUUUGAAGACAAGACAAUGGCCAGAAACCAAGGCAGCCCUCACCAACAUGGUCAAUGCUGCCAAGUACUUCCGCCAAAAGUAUGCUAAAUAAAGGCAACAGCCAGGCAGGAUUUAACCGUCGCAAUUACGCUCAACACGUGCGACUAGGAUAUGACGGAGAUUAAUGAUUAUGAGUUAUAGAGACGACUUAUUUCACCAAACAAUGAGGAAUGUUUUAACAUGCAUGCAUUCAUUCGGUGUUCCAGGCGAGCUGGGACUCAACCCUAGGGGGACAAUGUGGUAGGAGAGCUAGAAAAGUUCACAAACAUACCCACGAUCUCAACAUCGGCGUUUUUGUAAUCUUUAUUGUGUUUUUAUUAGCCUUUCUUAAUUUAACUGUGGAUUCUUUCUCUUUCUCUAGUGAAUUCGCUGACACGAGCAAUCUUAUCCUCCCCUCAAUUCUUUUUUGAUAAUUUCACAGUUAUGCGGGAUUUAUGAUCAAAAGGGAUAUAUGUCUGCUUGAUAAAUAUAACAAAAGCAAGUUUACAUAUUCUAGAUACAGCGUAAAGGUUUCAUUCGACAGCACCAGUGAAAUCCCGUAGGUAUUCCACAGCAAUUUCCCUAACUCUUCUUCAUUAGACCUACUUCAGUCUAGAAGAAACUAAAGCGGCUGGAUUAUUUUCAUAUGGUUUCGUGAAUCAUCCUUUGUUUAUUUUUUCUUAAUACAGAUGAAAAUUUUAACUGAAAAAAAAAAAAAAAAAAAAAAAAAAAAAAUCAAUAAUUAUUUCUCAGUCUUUAUAAUAGAUAUAUUUCUUAUUUCUUACAGUGAGAGUAACACAGCUAUGAUGAGCUUAUUAUUAUUUUAACAUUAUCUAUGAAUACUUAAAAAAUAUAUCAUCAAUUAUUCUUAUUUUGAGACUGAGCUUUACUUUCAUUUUAAUUAUUAUUUAUUCAAUUGUCACUGUUCAUUUCAUUAUCUGCUUGCCUGUUUAUAAGAAACCAGAUGAGUCUCUGCUCUUAAUAUUCUUUUCCUUUUCUUCCUUAUCUGUGUUUUUGUCUAUUUCAGUGUAACUUAGUCUAUAGAAUUAAUAUAUU